UCCGAGUCAGCAACACGACACGCACAACAAUCAAUUCAUUGAUGAAACUCAUUAUAGUACCACUAAAAUUACCUAGAAUCAGAAGAUAUUACCAUAAGUUCAGCAUAAUUAUUUUGUGUCCGUAACGUUAUGUCUAGCGGUAGUAAAAAGUAUGGACUUAUUUUACCAGACAAAGCUAAGUCAAAUAAACCUAUAUUUGAAGCAUCGAGGAAUGUGUUCGGCAAUGAUUCUGAAUCUGAUGAUGACUCUAUCAACAAGCCAGUAUUAUUGAGACCAAGUGACAACAUUAAUCGUCAGGCAAAGAUUACCCAAAGUAAGGCUAUAGAAGAGGAUCCUACAAUAUAUCAGUAUGAUGAAAUAUAUGAUUCAAUGACCAUCAAGAAGGAAGAAAAGAAACAGAAAGUGAAGGAACUUAAACAACCAAAGUAUAUUGAAAACCUGUUAAAAACUGCUCAUAAAAGGAAAUUGGAAAAUGAACGCAGGGUUGAAAGACAGAUUCAAAAAGAAAGAGAAAAAGAAGGUGACGAGUUUAAGGACAAGGAAGUGUUUGUGACUUCAGCAUAUAAAAAGAAAUUGGAAGAUUUGCGUUUAGAGGAGGAGAAAGAAAAACGUGAAGAAUAUUUAGAAAAAAUCGGUGAUGUUACUAAGCAGAGAGAUUUAGGAGGAUUUUAUCGACACUUAUAUGAGCAGAAGUUGGGUUCAGACAAGGUAUUAGAUGAACCAGCGGAAACAAAGGACAGUCAUGCAGAUGAAACGUUUAAAAAUAAACGUAAAGCUAAAAAUGAAGAUAAUGAAGAUGCAGCAAAGAAAAGGUCUUACAGGAAAAGAAAGUUAUCUGCAGAAAAUGAUAGACAUCUGUCUGAGGGAGAAAUUGUGGAUUCUGAUGAUGAAAUUAAUCGUGUAAAUCUUGCUGAUAUAAGGUCGUCUAAAAAACUCAAACCGAUUGAAGAUAAUAUAGAUGCAGACUCUGAUUUUUCAAUUGAUUCUUCAAGUGAAGAUGAUGAGACAAACAAGACAAAAGCGAAAAAGACAAAGAAAAAUGUGGAGAAAAAUGAGAAUGUCAAGAAUGUUAAUGUCAGAACUGAUGCUCCUGAAGAGAGGACGCCGCCAAAACAAAUAGAAGAAGUUAAAGAAACGUUAGUUGAGACAAAAGCAGAGGUCGCUCCAGCGCCCAAACCCAAAAUAGACAUUUGGAAGAAGAGAACUGUGGGUGAAGUGUUUGAUCAAGCUUUGAAAAGGUACUAUGAAAGAAAAGCUGCUAAAGGUUAAUUUAAAGAUCUUUACUAUACUUAUAUUACUUAUAUCUACUAGGGUAGUAGAAAAUUCAUUUCCGGGAUCAUGUAUUGAAUCUUCAUUUGUGUUACACCACCACGUAAUGUGCUUUGCAGUGGACUGAAAAUAAAAAAAAUAACUACAUAGAUAACAAUUCAU